GUCAGGCACGGGAAACUUCAGCCCACAAAUCGCGCAUGCACAAUACUAACCCUUAACACAGCUUAACCUACCCUUCGCGCAGGCGCAGACCUUAAUUGGCGUCUUUGUGGGCGGAGCUUCGUGUGGGAUGCAGAGUAUUCUGGGAACGCCGGAGACGGAAAUUACUUCGCCUCACGCUGCGGAUGUUGGAACCGCUGCGCGCCUUUCCGUGUGUGAUUUCUAGAGUUAGGAGCUCGGGAACCGUUUGCCAAUAUGUAUGACGCGGACGAGGAUAUGCAAUAUGAUGAGGAUGAUGAUGAAAUCACACCAGAUUUGUGGCAAGAGGCAUGCUGGAUUGUAAUUAGUUCCUAUUUUGAUGAGAAGGGCUUGGUCAGACAACAGCUGGAUUCUUUUGAUGAGUUUAUUCAGAUGUCUGUUCAAAGAAUUGUGGAAGAUGCUCCACCUAUAGACCUACAAGCCGAAGCUCAGCAUGCUAGUGGAGAAGUUGAAGAACCGCCAAGAUACUUGCUGAAGUUCGAACAAAUUUACCUCUCCAAGCCGACCCAUUGGGAAAGAGAUGGUGCUCCAUCACCGAUGAUGCCAAAUGAGGCCAGAUUAAGAAAUCUCACGUACUCUGCUCCACUUUAUGUUGAUAUAACAAAAACAGUCAUUAAAGAAGGCGAAGAACAACUUCAGACACAGCAUCAGAAAACUUUUAUAGGAAAAAUUCCAAUUAUGUUGCGUUCAACUUACUGCCUAUUGAAUGGCUUAACAGAUCGUGAUCUUUGUGAGUUAAAUGAAUGCCCCUUGGAUCCUGGUGGCUACUUCAUUAUUAAUGGAUCCGAAAAGGUUCUGAUUGCUCAAGAGAAAAUGGCAACAAACACAGUCUAUGUGUUUGCCAAAAAGGAUUCUAAAUAUGCCUACACAGGAGAGUGUAGAUCAUGUCUGGAGAAUUCUUCUCGACCCACCAGUACUAUCUGGGUUAGCAUGCUGGCAAGAGGAGGACAGGGUGCAAAAAAGAGUGCUAUUGGUCAGCGCAUUGUGGCAACCCUACCAUAUAUCAAGCAAGAAGUUCCCAUCAUUAUUGUGUUCAGAGCAUUAGGCUUUGUGUCUGACAGAGAUAUUUUAGAGCAUAUUAUUUAUGAUUUUGAAGAUCCAGAGAUGAUGGAAAUGGUUAAACCUUCUCUCGAUGAAGCUUUUGUCAUUCAAGAACAGAAUGUCGCACUAAAUUUCAUUGGUUCAAGAGGGGCAAAGCCUGGUGUCACCAAAGAGAAAAGGAUUAAAUAUGCGAAGGAAGUAUUACAGAAAGAAAUGCUCCCUCAUGUUGGCGUCAGUGAUUUUUGUGAGACCAAGAAAGCUUAUUUCUUGGGGUACAUGGUUCAUAGGUUGCUGCUAGCAGCUUUGGGUAGAAGAGAAUUAGAUGACAGAGAUCACUAUGGAAACAAAAGAUUGGACCUUGCUGGACCACUACUUGCGUUCUUAUUUAGAGGAAUGUUUAAGAAUUUGCUUAAAGAAGUACGGAUCUAUGCCCAGAAGUUCAUUGAUCGAGGAAAGGAUUUUAACUUGGAGUUGGCAAUUAAAACAAGGAUUAUAUCUGAUGGCCUAAAAUAUUCUUUAGCUACUGGGAACUGGGGUGACCAAAAGAAAGCUCAUCAAGCCAGAGCUGGAGUAUCUCAGGUAUUAAACCGCCUGACUUUUGCAUCUACUCUUUCUCACCUGCGUCGUUUAAAUUCUCCCAUUGGUAGAGAUGGCAAGCUAGCAAAACCAAGACAGUUGCAUAAUACAUUGUGGGGAAUGGUGUGUCCUGCUGAGACCCCAGAGGGCCAUGCUGUAGGACUUGUGAAGAAUUUAGCUCUGAUGGCUUAUAUUUCAGUUGGAUCUCAACCUUCUCCAAUUCUGGAAUUUUUAGAAGAAUGGAGUAUGGAAAAUUUAGAAGAAAUUUCUCCUGCAGCUAUUGCUGAUGCAACCAAGAUUUUUGUUAAUGGCUGCUGGGUUGGAAUACAUAAAGAUCCUGAACAACUUAUGAACACUCUACGGAAAUUGAGGCGUCAGAUGGACAUCAUUGUGUCUGAAGCUUUCCUGUCAAUAGUCCUCUCAAGAACACCUAUUUCCUUUGGAACACAAGAUACUGUUUGGCCUUUGAGGAGACACAGCUCAGUUUAUGUCUUCCUGUUAAGACAAGAGGUUUCUAUGAUCAGAGAUAUUCGAGAGAGGGAGAUUCGGAUCUAUACAGAUGCAGGCCGUAUUUGUAGACCACUUCUGAUUGUGGAAAAACAAAAGCUACUUUUGAAGAAGAGACACAUUGAUCAAUUGAAAGAGAGAGAAUAUAACAAUUACAGUUGGCAGGAUCUUGUGGCCAGUGGGGUAGUAGAAUAUAUUGAUACUCUAGAAGAAGAAACAGUGAUGCUCGCAAUGACCCCAGAUGAUUUACAGGAGAAAGAAGUAGCUUACUGUUCCACAUAUACGCACUGUGAGAUUCAUCCAUCAAUGAUUCUUGGUGUCUGUGCAUCUAUUAUUCCUUUUCCUGAUCAUAACCAGUCCCCUAGAAACACAUACCAGUCUGCUAUGGGUAAGCAGGCUAUGGGGGUUUAUAUUACCAACUUUCAUGUUCGUAUGGAUACAUUGGCCCAUGUUCUCUAUUAUCCUCAAAAACCACUUGUGACUACACGGUCAAUGGAAUACCUACGAUUUAGAGAGCUGCCAGCAGGUAUCAACUCAAUUGUGGCCAUUGCAUCAUACACUGGAUAUAAUCAAGAAGACUCUGUUAUCAUGAAUCGUUCAGCUGUAGACCGAGGCUUUUUCAGGUCUGUUUUCUAUCGAUCAUACAAAGAACAGGAGUCUAAAAAAGGGUUUGAUCAAGAAGAAGUUUUUGAGAAGCCUACACGUGAAACUUGCCAGGGUAUGAGGCAUGCUAUUUAUGACAAGCUGGAUGAUGAUGGUUUGAUAGCUCCUGGGGUUCGUGUAUCAGGAGAUGAUGUUAUUAUAGGCAAAACAGUCACGUUGCCUGAAAAUGAAGAUGAAUUGGAGGGCACUAAUAGACGCUAUACUAAGAGAGACUGUAGCACUUUUCUCAGGACAAGUGAGACGGGCAUUGUGGAUCAGGUUAUGGUAACUCUCAACCAAGAAGGAUAUAAAUUUUGUAAAAUAAGGGUACGCUCUGUUAGAAUUCCACAGAUUGGAGACAAAUUUGCUAGUCGACAUGGUCAAAAGGGUACUUGUGGUAUUCAGUAUAGACAAGAGGAUAUGCCUUUCACCUGUGAAGGUAUCACCCCCGAUAUCAUCAUAAAUCCCCAUGCCAUUCCCUCUCGUAUGACUAUCGGUCACUUGAUUGAAUGUCUUCAAGGGAAGGUAUCAGCAAACAAGGGUGAAAUUGGUGAUGCCACUCCAUUCAAUGAUGCUGUUAAUGUACAGAAGAUUUCUAAUCUUUUAUCUGAUUAUGGCUACCAUCUUAGAGGAAACGAGGUCCUAUACAAUGGAUUCACUGGUCGAAAAAUCACAUCACAAAUUUUUAUUGGCCCCACUUACUACCAGCGUUUGAAGCACAUGGUGGAUGAUAAGAUUCAUUCUCGUGCUCGGGGACCUAUUCAGAUCCUUAAUAGACAGCCCAUGGAGGGUAGAUCUCGUGAUGGCGGCCUGCGUUUUGGAGAAAUGGAACGAGAUUGUCAGAUUGCCCACGGAGCAGCCCAGUUUUUAAGGGAAAGAUUGUUUGAGGCAUCAGAUCCAUAUCAGGUUCAUGUUUGCAAUCUUUGUGGAAUAAUGGCGAUUGCUAACACCAGGACCCAUACAUAUGAAUGCAGGGGCUGCAGAAAUAAAACCCAGAUCUCUUUGGUGCGAAUGCCUUAUGCAUGCAAACUGUUGUUUCAGGAACUCAUGUCUAUGAGUAUUGCACCUCGAAUGAUGAGUGUUUAGCUCUUUUAAAAAUCUUUGUGUCUUGUUUCUAUGCUAUAGCUUUUAAAAAAUUUUUUAAAGAAAAAUACUUUCACUAUGGGAAAAAGCAUUUGUUUUGUUUAUGCAUGCUUUUCUUCUGUAAAUAGACAAAUUUUUGUAGACAGUC